GGCAAGCAACCGUCGAAACCAGCCGAAACCAGCCGAAACCCUAGUCUCUCUCAGCAGAGGAGGAGCUCGCGGAGCAGCAAGGUCCUGUUCGAUCGCUCCAUCUUCGCCGCGGCUGUCGAUCGCCGCCCUCCUCUGGCUCCUCCGCCGUCGGCAGCAUAGGUUUAGACAACUAUUUUUGCUGCUAUGGGGAAGAAGAAAUCCGAGGAAUCGGCGUCAGUCGCGAAGGUUAAGGCAGGCAGCAAGGACGGAGCAAAAGAUGGCAAGAGAGAGAAGCUCUCGGUAUCAGCCAUGCUAGCCAGCAUGGACCAAAAGCCCGAAAAGCCAAAGAAGGGAUCAUCGUCUUCUGUGAGCAGUAAUGCUGGUAAAUCAAAGGCAAAAACGGCUUCAAAACAAACGGCUUAUAUAGAUGGACUUGACCUUCCUCCCUCUGACGAGGAUGAAGACUAUGCAUCUGAUGAAGAAAGCAAACGACUCAGCCGGCAGCAGAGGGCCGCCGAAACAAAGGCCCUUGAAACAUCUGUAAGCGAGAAAGAGAUAAAGAAGAGAGAAAAGAAGGAUGUUCUUGCUGCGUAUGCUGCAGAACAAGCUAAAAAGGAAGCUCUGAAGGAUGACCACGAUGCUUUCACUGUUGUUAUUGGCAGUCGAGCUUCUGUUCUUGAUGGUGAAGAGGAAGCAGAUGCUAAUGUGAAGGAUAUUACUAUUGACAACUUCUCUGUCGCCGCCAGAGGGAAAGAACUUCUUAAGAACACGGCAGUGAAGAUAUCUCAUGGGAAGAGGUAUGGUCUGGUUGGACCAAAUGGCAUGGGCAAAUCUACAUUGUUAAAGCUGCUUGCUUGGAGGAAGAUACCAGUCCCUAAGAAUAUCGAUGUUCUUUUGGUGGAACAAGAGGUAACUGGUGAUGAUAGGUCCGCUUUGGAAGCAGUUGUAUCCGCCGAUGAAGAGCUUGUCAAGGUUAGAGAAGAGGUAGCCUCAUUACAAAACUUAUCUUCUGCCGAUGGUGCUGAUGGGGAAGGUGAAGCCGGUAUUGCAGAUGAUGCUGGGGAGAAACUGGCUGAGUUGUAUGAGAAAUUGCAGAUCUUGGGGUCAGAUGCUGCUGAGGCUCAGGCAUCGAAAAUUCUAGCUGGGUUGGGAUUUACCAAAGAGAUGCAAGCUCGUCCGACCAAAUCAUUCAGUGGUGGUUGGAGAAUGAGAAUAUCGCUGGCUAGAGCCCUUUUUGUGCAGCCAACUCUUCUGUUACUGGAUGAACCCACCAACCAUCUUGACCUUAGGGCUGUUCUAUGGUUAGAGGAAUACUUGUGCAGAUGGAAGAAGACUCUUGUUGUUGUCUCACAUGAUCGAGAUUUUCUCAACACCGUGUGCACUGAGAUCAUUCAUCUUCAUGACCAGAAACUCCACUUCUAUCGUGGCAACUUUGAUGAUUUCGAAAGUGGGUAUGAGCAGCGGCGGAAAGAAAUGAACAAGAAGUUUGAGAUUUAUGAGAAGCAGGUUAAAGCUGCCAAGAGGUCGGGAAACCGUGCUCAGCAGGAAAAAGUCAAAGAUCGAGCAAAGUUUGCUGCGGCCAAGGAAGCAUCAAAGAAUAAGGCAAAGGGCAAGGUUGAUGAAGAUGAACCAUUACCAGAGGCACCGAAGAAAUGGAGGGAUUACAGUGUGGAGUUUCACUUUCCAGAACCUACUGAACUUACUCCCCCGCUCUUGCAGCUAAUUGAGGUCAGCUUCAGCUAUCCUAAUCGAGCUGAUUUUAGGCUCUCAAAUGUCGAUGUAGGUAUUGAUAUGGGGACUCGGGUUGCUAUUGUUGGGCCAAAUGGGGCUGGGAAGUCUACUUUACUGAAUCUCCUUGCUGGGGAUUUGGUUCCAACUGAGGGUGAAGUACGGAGGAGUCAGAAGUUGAGAAUAGGCAGGUACUCGCAGCACUUUGUGGACCUACUGACUAUGGAAGAAACACCGGUUCAGUAUCUUCUCCGUCUUCAUCCGGAACAGGAGGGUCUUAGCAAGCAGGAGGCUGUCCGAGCAAAGCUUGGAAAGUUUGGUCUUCCCAGUCACAAUCACCUCACUCCUAUUGCGAAACUAUCUGGAGGUCAGAAAUCUCGUGUGGUCUUCACUUCGAUAUCAAUGUCGAGACCACACAUAUUGCUGCUUGACGAGCCGACAAAUCAUUUAGAUAUGCAAAGUAUUGAUGCUCUGGCCGAUGCACUGGAUGAGUUUACUGGUGGAGUCGUACUCGUGAGUCAUGACUCCAGGCUUAUAUCACGUGUUUGUGAGGAUGAAGAGCGAAGUGAAAUUUGGGUGGUAGAAGAUGGAACUGUUCAAUUUUUCCCAGGAACAUUUGAUGAGUACAAGGGGGAACUUCAAAAAGAAAUCAAAGCUGAGGUUGAUGAAUGACAUGCUAUGCAAAGUGGCCUAGUGCAGUCCUGGCAGGAGCCAUCUGCAUUUUUGGGAGAAGUUAAGAAACAUUACUGCAGUAAUAGCCAUGGAAAGGUGGGAAACCUGGAAUUUCCAACGAGGACGUGCAUUCUAUUCACCAGUCUUUGUCAUGCGCUGCUUUUCCUUGUACAUGCAGCUGCGAGCGCACCAUUAUUUUUUAGAGUGAAACUUCUGCAUUUUGUGAGCCGAAGAUUUUGUCCCUCGUCACCUCACAGCAUCUUAUCUGCCUUUGCCGGUACCCUACUCUGAAGGACCCAAAGGAUCAGACCCUGAGCAUCUCCUUAUCAUCGAGAUUGAUGAAUGGAGAAAUCUAUUUAUAAGGUGGCUAGGGGACAGAAAUCCAAGUUCCUGUUGUGAAAUUUUUAUUUCUUUUAUAUUGGACCGGUUUUGCAUGGCUAUGUCGGUUUCAUUUUUAGAGCACGGCAGUUUUCCGUUGCAUAUGUACAUCAGAUAUUUGUUUCGACGCAUAUGUACAUCAUAUAUGAGAUACCAACGCAUAAAUAAGAUUUUUCCGUUCAGCUGCGCACAGGUGGUCAGCA